CAUUGGCUGAGUCCAUGUAUUAAGUACUGCGGGUUCCACGCGUUUGGACUGCAGACUGUAAACGCCAGCAUCUCCCGGACUCCACUUCGCCCUUCAGCUGUCACUCAAGGAUUUUAUACCUCGUUUUAUUAUCCUUUAUGUUUUUUUGGUCGUUUUGAGGAUGACGGGUAAAAUACGGUUCGUCCGUUCUCUGAUGAAGACGGCGGCGCAGGCCAACGUGCCCAAACACAUCGACCAUUUCUCCAAGUUCUCCCCGUCUCCUCUGUCCAUGAAGCAGUUCUUGGAUUUCGGUUCGACCAAUGCCUGUGAACGCACAUCGUUCGUCUUCCUGCGACAGGAGCUUCCUGUCCGUUUGUCCAACAUCAUGAAGGAGAUCAGCGUGCUGCCGGACCGGCUGCUGGCCACGCCCUCGGUCCAGCUGCUCCACAGCUGGUACAUCCAGAGCCUGAUGGAGAUCCUGGAGUUUCUGGACAAGAGCCCCGAUGACCACAGAGUCCUUGAAAUGUUUGUGGAGGUCUUGGAGUCCAUCAGGAACCGGCACAACGAGGUGGUCCCCACCAUGGCUCAGGGGAUCAUCGAGUUCAAAGACGCUUUCGGCCAGCAGGAUGCUGUUACCGACCACAACAUCCAGUACUUCCUGGACCGCUUCUACACCAGCCGCAUCUCCAUCCGCAUGCUCAUCAACCAGCACACUCUUGUCUUCAAUGGCAACACAAACCCCGCCCACCCCAACACCAUUGGCUGUAUCGACUCCAUAUGUAACGUGCCAGAAGUUGCGCGAGAUGCCUAUGAGAGCGCUAAGUUGCUGUGUGAGCAGUAUUACCUGGGAGCACCAGAGCUGGAGCUGAGGCAGAUGAAUGCCAACAACAGCAGAGAGCCCAUCCACAUCUCAUACGUCCCAUCUCACCUGUACCACAUGCUCUUUGAACUCUUCAAGAAUGCCAUGAGAGCAACCAUUGAGAACCACGUGGCCAGCAGUACCCUCCCACCCAUCAAAAUCAUGGUCGCUCUGGGGGGAGAGGACCUAUCAAUCAAGAUGAGUGACAGAGGAGGCGGUGUUCCCUUCAGGAAGACGGAGUGUCUGUUCAGCUACAUGUACUCCACAGCUCCCAGACCCUCCAUAGGAGACAAGCACAGAGCCCCACUGGCGGGGUUUGGCUAUGGUCUGCCCAUCUCUCGCCUCUACACUCGCUACUUCCAGGGAGACUUGAAGCUCUACUCCAUGGAGGGUCACGGCACUGACGCGGUCAUACACCUGAAGGCGUUGUCUACGGACUCGGUGGAGAGGCUGCCAGUUUUCAACAAGACCGCUUUGCGUCACUACAAGCUGAGUUUGGAGGCGGACGAUUGGUGCGUUCCCUCCAAGGAGCCACUGGACCUUGCCGUGUACCGUGCUUCCAAGUGAUUCGUUCAUGACCUGUGACAUGACUUCUGCCACAAACCCUCACAAGCUGACCAUAAAUAAAUGUCCAUCAAGAGACGGGGCGUUGUGGAACCAGAACUAUUACCCCGGCGGUGGACGGGAGCUGAGGUGACCAAAAGUGGCCGAGGAGAUACAAAAACAAGACGGAGCGUCUGCGUCCUGAUCGUCUGGGAACUUCCUGGAUUGGACCUCUCUCUGUUUUUCUUCACGUGUGGUUUGGAUAGAGUAAGAGAACAACGGGGUUGACGUUUAAGAUAGCGGACAGUCAAAGAUGCAGUGGGCUGAACAAUUUAAACAUUUCAUCCAAACAUUAGCGACCUGUUUUGAUGAUUCCUUUUCAUGGAGUUAUUUCUAGGGUGCUUCUCAGCCAAUCGGGUCUUUAGGUGUGAAAGUGCCAGCGGAAUGUUUUCCUCAGAGACAGUAAGUGCACAUUGACAGACAAGUGCAUUUUUUUCUUUUUCCCUCAAGAAACGGAACAUUUUGUCUUUCUUUAAGGUCCCUGAUGUUUGAAGGUUCCUGAUCGUUCUCACUCCCAACUCGUCAAAUAUCAAAGCUUGGCCGGUGACCCUCAGCGUCUGAUACCGACGCACUCUUUAGCGACUGUAUGAGACCCAACUAAUCAUUAUUAGACUGUCAGAGCAACUGACAGGAUAAAGAGCAGGAAGUCUGCAUAGGGCAGAACUUUCACCCAGGAGACUGCUGUUGGUGUCCCGCGUGAAACUGUUGACUUAUUUUACUCUACUUUUUUACGUCACUCUGUUCUUAACGCCUGUUACGUAACAAAAGUAAAGUAGUCAACAUACUUAUUUUAACCCAAACCACAAUCGUUCCCGAAGCCAAACCAAGUACUUGUGUAGCGCAAGUAAACCUAAAAACUAAGUAAACCUGCCUUGGAAGUUCAUUUUGAAAAGACACUACGCAUGUAACAAACAGGAACUCACAAGCUUUUCAUGACAGGUAAUAACAAAGGGACGCUUGAGGGGUACCAUAGUUUGAGGAGCCGGGCCACAUACCAAGCGUUGGUAUUUGACAGGUUUGCAGACAGACACUGAUUAAGGAUCAUCUGGUUAAUGUUCAGCAGGUACUGUAACAAUGUCAAAGAGUUAUGUAAACGUGUCUCCUGCAGACAGUAAUGGUUAUCCAUUAAUCGGCUUUGAUAAAAGUGUGGAACGCCUCUCAAUCAGUUAAUUGUUGAAGACCUGUAACGGGUCCAGACUGCAAUGAGUGUAUUUGACUCUGUAUGAAAAUAGCUGUAUGUUGAUAAUCACUUAUAUCACUGAUAUCGUGAUUCACUGUGUGUGUUUGCAGAUACGUGUGACCUUGACAUGUGAAGUGUAUAUAUUCCAUUGUAUAUUUCAACUGUUCAUAAUACUUCUAUUCUUUAUGAAGAAAUGUUUGGAAAAUAAAUCGUCCUUAAUUUA